AUGAGCCACUUCCAGCUUUUCCCUCCGAUCUCUUCGGAGGCCAAUCCGAAAGCAACGAAUCCCUUUCGCAAAGGCAACAAGAAAUUGACCAUCAAAACGAAACCCUCCAGUCCAAUCCAUCUACAGGAGAUUGCCACCAAGAGUCCUUCAAAUACUGAAGCUGUCUUGUUUCGCAUCAUUGAAGAUACGAAGAGCAUUCCCCCCCCUCCGCCUCCCAAGCCUGAAGUUGGGCGAUCGGACUCCUCGAGCUCGAUUGAGAUAUCGUCUCCCGAGUCGAAAUCAUCCAAGAUCACACGGGUCUCGAGUCGGAAAACGGUUCAAUCGAGAGCAUGGACUUCGCUAUCGGAAGCGUCCAGCUCUUCUACUCUGGUGGACGGCCACAAUGUCAACUACAAAACAGAGGUGCCUCCGCCGCCUCCGAAGUCCUCUCCGCCCAUGCGCUCGAUGUUUCCCCGCUACAACCCUAAUCUUCCUCUUGACCAGCAAGAGUAUCAUCCCAGAGCCUCUGCAGAUGCCCCGAGGCAAAUUUCCAUUGCCACUGCCAAAAGACCAGAGCGUCUGGCCAUUUCGCCCCCGCCAGAGAUUGACACUAUGCUCGGGCCACGGACAGUCCCAGCAAGUGUGAUGGACUUUCCGGCCGGCGCUCUGGAACCCGCCGGUGUUCGAUACGCCUCCGAAUAUGAGCUUCGAACCUUGUGGGACGCUGCCAAUGGCCAAAAGCCUCAGAAUAUGCCUCAGAUGAUCAACCUUCCCAUGGCUCGAACGGAGGUUGCAACUUUCACCUUUGGCAAUCCGGAAGCUCCUUUCUAUAAGAUGCAGACAUAUUCCACCAACGAGCUUUCUAUUGCUCGAUCCGACCCGUCGCAACCCAAUCGAAGCGUUCCCGUCAUGAUGCUGAAUCUCGAAGACAGAAGUCGGCGGGAAGCUCCCCAUGAUGGGCUAGUCGCAAUGCUUCUUUCAAGGUUGGCGGCCAUGCUGGCCAUUGACCAAGCUGCAGAGCUGGCCAAGUUGCAUGGACUCUCACCCUCGGAAGCUAGCGAGGUGGAAGAGAAUGCCCUGAAGCGAGCCGCCGCACAGGAAUCAUGCCGUCUCUACUGGAACCGAGACGGAAGGCGUUAUGAGUUGCAACACCCGGCGCUCGAGAAACAGCCACCUCCAGCCUUGAUCGGGGCUGGCGGCGUCGCUCUGUCGCCGAUGCGAACGAAGCAGCCUGGCAGGCUUCAUAUCACUGUAUCGACACAUUCAGGGAACACUGCUCCGCAUCGGCCACCGUCCAUCCUCAUCACCACACCUGUGUCCGUUGACGCAAUCGAGACUGCAGAACUGGCUGCCGGGACCCGAACCUCAACUCUUCCUCUGACGGACUACGAUGAACCGCUAGCCUCCCUGGACUUUGCCACGAUGACUCUUUCCAUCUCCCCCGCCCUGAUCGGUGAAACCAUGCCUUCGCUCUAUGCGAUCGACUCGCUGGUCACCGCCAUGCUUGCUGUGGCAGUUUCUGACGAAGCGACCAACCCCAUCCUCGCCGACAUGAAACUCCACACGGUCGAAGAUAAAACCACUGGUCCAAAAUACCAAUCAUUCUUCAAGACAACAGGUUCAAAGACUUUCACAGGCAAACUGGUGACUACCCUUGCGGAACGUGAAGACGCCAUGGAAGGAAGCAAGCUUGUGUCGCAGGUGAAGGCCGCCAAGGACAGGGAGCAGCCCGAACCACGAAAAGGGUCCUUUUUCUCCAAGUGGUUCCGGUCCAAACCCAAGGAGAAAAAGAACAAAAAGCAGAUCGUUGUCGAGGAAUUCGAUCUGGAAAAGUACGGCCGCUACAGCAGUGGCUCCUCGCGCGAAGGCGAGAAGCUCCCUGGAAUUGUACGGGCUUUGCUACGGCUCCUGUUUUGGGGCUUGGACCUGCUUGUAUUCAGCAUUACACUUUUGACCAAGAUCCUGGCAUGGGUGCUAGUGAAUGCCACGAGGUGUGUGACCAGCGAGAAAUUCUAG